AUGGAUUGCUCAUUCCUUCGUUUAGCCCCAAUUAAAGUUGAAAUAGUUCGAUAUGAUCCUUUAGCUGUUAUAUUUCGAAAUGUUAUUGGUGAUGGAGAGAUUGAAAUAAUGCAGAAUAUAGCGAUAAAAAGAUUAAUGAUAGCUAGGGUUCAAAAUGCUGCUACGGGAGAAGCAAUGCUUUCAAAAUAUAGAAUUAGCAAAAAUGCCUGGCUUAACGCAAACACCCAUCCAGUCGUUAAACAAUUAUUUGAACGUUUAAAAUUAAUGACUAAUUUAAAUAUGAAGUCAGCUGAACCUUUUCAAAUGGGAAAUUAUGGAAUUGGUGGACAAUAUGAACCUCAUUUUGAUUUUGCUAGGGAAAAUGAAGCUGUAAAUGCAACAAAAGGACAUCAAAAUAUGGGAAUUGGGAAUAGAAUUGCGACAGUUCUUUUAUAUUUGAGUACCCCAGAAAAGGGUGGAUUUACUAUCUUUAAUCAGAUAAAAACAAUUGCUAAACCAACAAAGCAUGAUGCUCUUUUUUGGUAUAAUUUGUGGAGAAGUGGAAAAGGAGAUAUAAGAACAAUGCAUGCAGCUUGUCCCGUUCUGCUUGGUGAUAAAUGGGUUUCGAAUUCUUGGAUACACGAAAGAGGACAAGAAUUUAUUCGCCCUUGCGGUUUAGAUCCGUCAAUACAAGAACGUUAUGUUGGUGAUUUGGGUGGUCCGGAACCUAAAAAAUAUCCGAAUAUAUCUCCAUAUUGUAAAGAGGGAUUAUACUGUGAAUGA